CCGAGGCGGCGCCGCAGGGGGACGGAGCUUCUUCCGCUGCGGCCGUCCUUCGCCCGAGUACUAUUGCCAUGAACGGGAUGCUGGGGCCCUCCCGGCCUCUCCUCUGGGCCGCUGCCGCCUGCCUGGCCGCACUUUGCGUGCUGAGCGCGGCCCAAACACCACCAAGCCCUACGGCCAACUUCACCGAGGCUUUGCUAAAUCUGUCCACGUCGAAACCCAGUCCCGAACCCACGACGCAUCUCGUUCCCGAAACCACGACGCAUCCUGGUCCCGAACCCACGACGAAUGCCACGGAGCUCACUACGACCCAGGCUCCGGCACCAGAUAACUGUGGAGAUUACACUAACUGCAGUUCCUGUGUUGAUAACAAAAAUGCCAUAUGCUUUUGGAUAGUUUGUCAUGGUAGUGGCUUUUGUUCAAAAAAUAAAACAUUUGCCAAUUGUACUGUUGUUAACGGCACAAGUGACUGUUUAGAUCCUACUGCCAGUCCAUCUCCAAUUAGUCCUACAGCUAAACCUUCACCUGCAGUUUCAACCGUUACAGCUGUCACCACAAUUGUCACAUCAGGUACACCAAACACUACUGUGACUCCUUCGCCUUCUACGAAAAAAUCUACUUUUGAUGCAGCUAGUUUCAUUGGAGGAAUUGUUCUUGUGCUAAGUGUGCAGGCUGUAGUUUUCUUUCUCUAUAAAUUCUGCAAGUCCAAAGAACGAAACUACCAUACCCUUUAAGACACAACAUUAUAACAUGGACUAGUAGUUUGUUUGUGUAGUUUAUUGAAACCAAAAUAUUACCUUUUGAGAUGUCCUACAUGGAAGACAGUGUUUCAAAAUCUCUAAUCUCCAAAGGAUGCAUAUAGGAUAUUUUGGAGCAUCUUCCUUGAAGAAAAAGCAGUGCAAUCACUUGUACUCAACAGGAAUACUUAAAAUAUUCUGCAUGAAUCCUUGUGGCUGACUGUCUUAUUUUAAGUGACUGCUGCUGUGGGAUUUUUUUUUUCCUCUUACAAUGACAUGCCUAAUGUAGGGGUUUUGUUUGGUUUUGUAUUUGGUGAACUCACUGUCCUGAGCUGACAGUUUUAUGACUGCCAGAAGUUUAAAUUUAGUCAUUUUAAAGCCUGAAAGCUAGAUUAUUCUCAUUUUUCAUUCAGGAUGUAAGUUCAUAGACUAAAUUGUGAGAAGAAUGUGCCAAAUGAUCUGCGGGUGGAUUUUUCCAAAAAUGGAGUUAAUUUGUGGGAAAACAAUACUCUUACUGUAUAUUCUUGAAGUGGAAUUUAGUGCUUGACAAACCUGUAUUUUUUUUUUCUACAUUAGAAAUAAAAUGCCAAAUAGGAAGUUACAUUCCAGAUUUCAUGCAAAGGGUACAAACCAUAAAUAUGUAGCAGGUAAUUGUCCACUCUUUAAAAGCACCUUAUCAUUGGUAAAACAAAGAAUAGUGCCUUAAAGACAAGACAAAAACAAGGUAACCUUAAAUGUUUAUGUGAUUUGUCAUUUUUCAUUAAGAAAAAUAACCUGGGCUUAACUGUUUCUGAAGAGCAGUAGUGUGCACUCAAAUUUGGUAGAAACUCAGCAACAUACUAUUAUGUAAUUUAAAAGUCAGCUUCUUAAUUUGGAAGCUAAAGAAUGUUAAUAGGAGGUUUAAAAGCAUUCAUUAGUUAAAUUCUUCAAGAUUUUUGUGUGUCUGCUAAAACAUUUUUAUAAAGAUUUUAUUUUGAAAGGUACAGGAUAAUUUUAGGAUAAAUAUCAGGCAUUUCUUCCUUUACAUUUAUUUUCUAAAAGCUCUCAUGUAGCUGCUAUACCUUUUAAGCAUUCCAAUUAAGCUUCAUAGAAAUUUUCAGUUUGCUUUAUAGGGCAAGGAAGAAACAAAUAUUAAAGUUUGAGAAUCAUUCACAAAUUCAUUCCUUAUAAAAAGGAGACAAUCAGUUCAGCAGAUACAACUAGUGAAAUUUCAGGAAAUAACAAUUUUUUGUGUUGGAACAGAUUCCAAUAGGUCUUAGAAUUGUUUUGUGUUGAUUCACUUUAAGAUUAUUUUUUUAAAUCCCUGUACCCAUAAGGGAACACAUGCUUUGGAAUACAUCCUUCAUCAAAUACUGCUUUGGAAUACAUCCUUCAUCAAAUACUAAUUUUUCCAAUCUCAGAACAAAUGAGUAUUUUUAAUAAAGGUUUUCUUAUAGUCUUUUCUCUCCUCCAAUACUUAAUUGGAUUUAGACACCAAAAAGCUUAAAAUAGGUUUUAUUGUUUUCGAGUUCUUUCUUAGACUUUUCAUUUGGUUCUUGGUGGCUUGUUUCUAGUACUACCUGCAGCAGCAGAUGGCAUUGCAUUAAAUUUUUUUUUUUUUUUUGGUGGGGGUGGUAGAACAACUGAAAACCCUUGCUUCAAUUAAUUGAAUUACAUUAAAGGUUUCUAAAAUAAAGUUUUAUUGUUUUCUGUGUUACUUGCUGGUACAGAGAAGUUUGUUUUCUUGCACAUCUAUAUACUUAACUUUAUCAAGUGCCUUAAUUGUUUGAAAUCUCUGGCUUAAAAGUUUUAUUUUUUUUUUUUUUGAAGGGAAAGGUUGGAAUGGUUUAUCUGAACUAAAUUGUGGUUUGCUCUCAUGAGUGGAAACAAAUAUUUUGGGAAAAUCUGGAUUUUUGGGGUCCAUGUCAGUAUUUUAUGUAAGUUCUGUAAGACUUGAUAAGAAAAUGUGAUACAAUUCCAUGUUUACACUGGAGAAGGGAGUAAAAAUUAGCAGGAACCUUGGGUACUUGUUCUUUCUAAAUUUCUAGUAAUCUUGCCUAAAAAAUUUGACCUUGUCAUAUAAGUUAUCAUCAGUGCUAAAUGUAGCAACUUAAUAAAACUAGCUUGGUUUGAAGGACUUGAACUCUUUAUUCUGGGUACUGCUCUGGUUAGUAAGAAACCAUGCAAAAAUUAGUUUACAAAAUAGCUCUUAGUAUAGAGCUUUGCCUUUCUAAAUCAAUUUCCUUCUCUAUUUAAAGGUUCGAUAUUCUCUUGAGUCAUCAAAACUUGGUGGUGUUUUUUUUGUUGUUGUUUGUUUUUCUUUUAAAUUCAUAGGAAAUGUAACCUUUUCAGACUUUGGUUUUUGUUCCUAAAGCCAACUCAAACAAAUGUUUUCUUUCCCAUAAGACCUUGUACUUUACAGUUUCUUGUUGCAUAGGCAGAUUGCUGUAUUUUGAAUUUCAAUUUCAUGUUUUUGGUGAAGACAAUGAAAAAUCAAUCUGUAACCAUGACCAGACAGACUUAAAAUAAAUUCACAUGUUGAAUCAA